AUGAAGGACCAAGGACUUGCAGACGUUGGUUUUAGUUUCAAUGUUAUCACCAUCUUGGGCUCCCAGAGCAGUGGCAAAAGCACGCUGAUGAACUCUCUAUUCGGAUGCAGCUUUCAGGUGAUGGAUGCCCAAAAGGGCUACAGCCAGACCACGAAGGGAUUGUGGGUAGGGCGGGAUAACCUCCAUGGUGCAAGCAGCGGCAACAGCACUAGCAACAGCGAUGACAACAGCGGCGGCGAAAGCAAAAGCAGCGACAGUUUGACUCUGCAGCGUCCAGUGCUGAUACUGGAUGUUGAGGGCCUGGAUUCGCGUGAACGGGGAGACCGACGACAGACAUACGAGAAUUUUUUCUCCCUGUUUGCUCUUGCCCUGGCGGAUUGUCUCCUUGUGAACAUCAGCUGCUCGGCGCUUGGCUGUCACACUGGUUCCGGCUUUGGCCUUCUAAAGACUGUUAUGGAGGCUAACCUGGAACUUUUCAUGCGCCAGGACGACGCUCCUAAAACGAUUCUACUCUUCGCUGUGCGCGACUGGGCACCAACCAUCGUCCCUGAAGAUGUUAUGAAGGAAAGGAUUGUGAAGGACUACGUGGAUAAAAUCUGGAGUGAAAUCGAGAAGCCUGACUCUGCAGCUGACAGAUCGGCUGAGGAUUUCUUCACAGUUGAGGUCGUGGGACUAGCACACAAACUACUCGCUCCGGAAGAGUUCGAAAAGGACGUCAUUAGGCUCAGAACCAGAUGGGCAAACGAAUUUAGCCCCAAGUCGUACACUCGUAACGUUCCGGCCGACGGCUUCGGUGCGUAUGCGAAGAAUAUCUGGGAGACAAUAAAGCAGCAGUCUCAUCUGGAUAUUCCAAAUCAGAAGGAAAUGCUUGCGAUCUACCGAUGCCAGGACUUGAAGCAGCAGGCACUGCAAAUGGCGGCUUCCCGUGCUGCCGCUCUGCAGCAGCAGUACUUGAAACCCACGGCAGCAGACACAGCAGCAAUAAAGAAGGAGAUGACUACUAUCGUGCAGGAUGCAUUAACACAAUACCUGUCACAGGCCACGCGGUAUCAGGAGAAGAUUUGCACAAGUGUCAAGACGGAGCUCAUCGAUGCCCUUAUUUCCACUCUGAAGCCAAUUGUAGACUCGCAGCUUUCUGAAGCCCGAGCUCGAAUUGCGCGGAAGUACAAGGACGCACUUAGGGAGGCCUACACGAGGGAUCCGAGGAACAGUGCUGCGUCGGCGAAGGGUGAGCUGAUGCUUGAAGCCUGGGCUGCUUUCCGUAAGAGAAGUGCUGGGGCGAUUGCUGCCGCGACUGCGGACUUUGAGGCCUUCAGUGAAGAAUGCAGCAUUGAAGUGGAGAGCGGCGAUCGUCUUCAUUUCCCCUCCAGUCUCAUCGCUGAUUCGCUGCGCCAGGAGAUGCAGCAAGAGGUGCAGGCCAUCCGAGAAAACCAGCAAAAAUUUUUGGAUGAGGCCAUUGCCGAGAAGUGUGCUGAUGGCUUUACGGGCAUUGACGCUCUGCUCUCAGCCCGUGAUUUUUCUCCCCCGGCUUUCUGGGAAGUCUGCCGAGGGCGGGCUGCAGCAAACGCAACGGUUUGUGCUGCUCACUUCGGUGCGGCUGCACGGGGACUUGAUGUUGACACUGACGAGGCGGGCGCAGACGCAGCAGGAGCUGCAUGGGUUGCUGAGUUUGCAGUUCGCUGCCGAGUCGUGGCUCUGUGGCAGCUUAGAACUUCCCUUUCGAAGCUUGCAGGAACACUGCAUGUUUAUGUAACUGAAAGGUUCACAAUGUUUUUCGCCUUUGAUGAAGAUGAUCAGCCGAGACGGUGGGAAGUACUCUCCGCGGAGAAACUUCAGUCCCUGUUCUUGACAGCCAAGUCCCAGGCGCUCUUGCUUAUUCCCACACUACGCGAGAUGCAGUUAGAACGGCUCUCUCUCUCUUCUCCCACCCUGGAAGCCGCUGCUGGAGAGACAGAGACGGGGAAACAGACGGACGCUGCAGCACAGGCACACGCCACCAACGAAAAGCAGCCAAUGCCCGCUGCCUUCUAUAGACCGCUCAUAGAUUCCAUAUCUGAGCAAGCCAUACAGAGGAGAGCAGUCGCGUCGAUGCAACAGCAGUGCCGCGAGGCCCAGCUGCUGCAACAGCGCUGUGGCAGUGGGGCUUCCUGGCGUUCUGUUCCUCUGUGGGGUUGGCUGUUGCUUAUCUGUCUUGGGUGGAAUGAAAUAGGAAUGGUGGUGUCUUUUGCUACCAGCAACUGGCUGAUACUGCCUCUUCUUCUGCUUGGGCUGCUUCUGGGUGCUGCGGUCCUCGUCAGCGGCCAGAUGGGGAUUGCCACUAACAGCGCCAAACACAUGACGCAACUAGUUCGGCUCCUGCUGCAGCCGUUCCUAUACGGGUUGCUCAAGAGAGCAACAGACUUGAUGGAUCCCAGUGGACUCGCUGGACGAGGCAUUACCGUUCCGCCUGCAGGGGAGUCCAAGUCUCCUCGCAAGCCUAAGGAGCGCGAUGAGGUGGCGGAGCUGAAGGAGAAAGUCGCUAAGCACGUCCAGUCCAAGUGA